AGUCAAGAGAAAGACUCUGCCAGGCAGGAGAAGGCUCAGCUCCAAGACAAACUGGAGAACCUUGAGCAGGUCCUGAAGCAUAUGCGAGAGGCUGCGGAUCGGCGGCAGCAAUUGGAGGCAGAGCAUGAGCAGGCCUUGGCUUUCCUCAACUCCAGACAGCAGGAGAUCAACCUUCUGCAGAAGGUUCAGGCUGAAGCUGAAAAAGAACGCGAAGAAGUGGUGCAUCUGCUAGAGAGCCAUAUGGACAAAAUGCAGGUCAAGGUUCAUGACUUAGAGCAGAAAUGCCGGACACAGAGUGAGCAGUGCAAUAUUUUGUCGAAAGAGCUGGAGAGAUAUCACUUGGGGUCAGACGCGGAGGAGACACUGAACACUGACUCACAGGAGAAAAACAGUUACAACAGCCUGCAGCGCGAGGCUGAAAAAAGUGAUGAGAGAUCUGACAGAUCUCCACUGGUCUCAGAACUGCCCAUAGUACAGCAACACAAGAGAGACAAGCCAGAGCAGCUGUCGGUCAAACCCACCGUUCAAACCCAGAGUCGCUCCAGUAGCCCCAUGCAAGCAUCCCUCUCAGAGGUUUGUCAUACAUCACAGCUGCAAUGUGAUCAUUCAGUUAACUGUUAUAAUCCCUAUGAUGGACCUAAUGAGCAUCCAGAAGCAGAGCUUCCUCUUGUGGCAGGGAAGUAUUUGUACGUAUAUGGGGACAUGGACGAUGAUGGAUUUUAUGAAGGAGAGCUGUUGGAUGGCCAGCGUGGCCUGGUUCCCUCAAAUUUUGUGGAGUUUGUCCAGGACAAGGAAAAGCCAUCUAUCGAGGGUGGAGAGGAGCAGGGCAGGCUGGAGCAGAGCUGUCUGAGCCUGAUGACCAUAGAUGGAGGUGCUCAUCUGGACAGCCUUAGGAGCGACGCCCUCGGCCACUGCACCAAUGGGACAGGUGCACUGGAUGGAGAGGAGCUGGGUGAUGACAUCGUGCCUUACCCCAGGAAGAUCAACCUGAUCAAACAGCUGGCAAGAAGUGUGAUAGUGGCCUGGGAAGCACCUCUAGUGCCCCUUGGCUGGGGCAACAUAAAUGGCUACAAUAUCUUAGUGGACGGGGAAGUACGUUCCUCUGUGCCAUUUGGAAGCAGGACCAAACUGCUUCUCGAGAAGCUGGACCUGGCUUCCUGCACAUACCGCGUGUCAGUACAGAGCGUGACGGACAGGGGGCUCUCCGAUGUGUUGCGCUGCACCUUGCUGGUGGGCCGCAAUGUUGUGGUGGCACCCACCGGCUUGCGCAUGGACGAUAUUUUACGUGACUCCGCCGAACUUUCUUGGCUUCCCAGUAAUAGUAACUACGGCCAUGUUGUGUACUUAGAUGGUGUGGAGCAUGCUGUGGUGAGGCCGUGCUCUUACAAACUGCGUUUUGUGAACCUGAAGGCCGCCACAGUGUACAAGGUAAAAGUGUUGGCCAAACCUCACCAGGUGCCCUGGCACAUGCCCCUGGAACAGAGAGAGAAGAGAGAGACUGGGGUGGAGUUCUGCACCCAAGCUGCAGGACCCCCUCUACCUCCUCAAGAAGUCCAGGUCCAGUGUGGACACGCCCCAGGGGUCCUCCAAGUCCGUUGGAAGCCCCCUCCAAUGACAACCAUGGGAACCUCCAAUGGUGCAAAUGUCAUUGGCUAUGCAGUGUGCACAAAGGGUCAGAGGAUCGCUGAGGUGAUGUAUCCACUGGCAGACUAUGUGGCAGUCGAACUGAACCGUCUCCAGUGCUUGGAGGCUCAUGAGGUUAUUGUCAGGACUUUAUCAGCACAAGGAGAAUCUCAAGACUCCCAUGCCGCCGUCAUUCCAAACCACCUGCUGGUGCCUCUUCCUAAAACCCUCCCUCCUUCUCACCACAUGCCCCAGCAGUCCCAACCAAUGCCUCCUCAUCCCCAAAUCCGGACCCUUCCCCCUCACCCUGGACCCCAACCACCCACCCAUCUCCAACCCCUUCCCGUUCACCCCAACCAGCCCCCAUCUCAUCUCCAUCCCCACCGUAUGCCCCAUCACACACAGCCCUCUCCACCCCACCUCCAGCCUUUACCACCACACCCCAUUCCAAUGCCUCAGCCUCAGUCGUCCAUGCCAAUGCCCCAACCCCAACCCCAGCCUCCCAUGCCUAUGCCUCAACCCCAACAGCCCAUGGCCAUGGCCAUGCUCCAACCCCAGCCAGCCAUCCCCAUGCUCCAACCCCAGCCCACUAUCCCGAUGCCCCAGCCUCACAUUCCCCAACUGCCCCUUCCCCAAUCCCAAAGACCACUAAGUGCCAGAGAGCUGGAAACCAAAGAGCAAGGGCCAGGAAUGCUUCAUCAUGGAGGGGGCCCACCUCAGCCAUGGGAGCCUGGCUGCUCCCCAUCUGGCCUGCCUACAGGCUUGCCACACGGACACACCCUGGAUGCCCCGGCCUGCCCAAACCGCCGUUCCCCAUCACCUCAAAGGAUCCUCCCCCAGCCCAGGGGUACGCUCAUUCCUGACACUGUAGCCAAGGCUAUUGCCCGAGAGGCAGCCCAAAGAGUGGCUGCAGAGAGUGGACGGAUCCAGAGGAGAAGCCAGGGCUUUCACUCUCAAAAUUCAGAUGAGGAAGAGGAUGAGGAAAGCUAUCAGGCCCGCAGAAGAGGAGCAUCUAUGGAUGACUUCCUCAGGGGCUCAGAGCUGGGCAGGCAGUCUCAUUACAGUCACAGCGAAGAGUAUCAUACAGAGAGCAGUCGAGGUUCGGACCUCUCAGACAUCAUGGAAGAGGACGAGGAGGAGUUGUAUUCUGAAAUGCAGCAUGAAGAAGGCAGGCGACGAAACUCCCACAAUGCACCCAAGACCGGAGCCAGCACUCCAUCUUCGAGUCAGCUGGAUCGGGAAUCAUACCGGAAGCCAUCUCACCGAGAACCUCAACCUCAGCGACGACCCCUCACGGUCCCAUCCAUUGAUGGAUACCGGGACCAAAGCCGCCGCUCUCCCCCAUACUAUGAUGAGUCUGAGCAGGAGGAUCCGUUUCGAAUCUUUGUGGCGCUCUUCGACUAUGACCCUCUCUCCAUGUCCCCUAACCCUGAUGCAGCUGACGAGGAGCUCCCGUUUAAAGAGGGACAUAUUAUCAAGGUGUAUGGGGAUAAGGAUAACGAUGGCUUUUAUCGUGGGGAGAUCCGGGGCAGGUGUGGACUUAUUCCCUGUAACAUGGUGUCGGAAAUCCGUGCUGAGGAUGAUGAAACCAUGGAGCAGCUCAUGAAACAGGGAUUUCUCCCUCUCAACACUCCUGUAGACAGAAUAGAACAAAAUAGGAGAGGUCGCCACCCAGUGGCCACAAGAAGAAUGGUUGCCCUGUACGACUAUGACCCCAGAGAGAGCUCCCCAAACGUGGAUGUUGAGGCUGAACUGACAUUCUGUGCUGGCGAUAUCAUUGCUGUUUUUGGGGAUAUAGAUGAAGACGGCUUCUAUUAUGGUGAGCUUAAUGGACAUCGGGGCUUGGUUCCAUCCAAUUUUCUCGAAGAAGUGCCUGAUGAUGUGGAGGUCUAUCUGACAGAUACUCCCUCCCACCAUGGCCAGGACGAGCCCAAUCCAGUGCUGGCACCACGCCCAGAAACCAAACGGGUGCCUGUGGAAAGUACAGUGCCAGCUCCGGCCCCUGGAAGACCCGCCUCUCCCACUGUGCGUCCUAUGCUUCCUGUUGGCCCAGUCAGGCCACUGAGCCCUGCCAGGGGUCCAAGAGACCUGGCAUCUAAAAAUAAAAAAGGACUGCUCUCUAAGGGGAAGAAACUGCUCAAAAAGUUCUCAAAGUAAAAGUAUGAGUUUGAUUUCAAAUUCAUAUGGCUACAACAGCAUACAGAUUUCUCUGUCAAAAGAGAGACUGCCAAUCCCCAUCGUUUUGGAAAAGUCUUCGGUGAUUUUUUUUGUCACAAAAAAAUAAAUCUAAACAGCUUUCACAUUAACAUGCCACGUACAUAUCAUGAAAUAGAUCUAAUAUCCAGAUGAAAAGGAAUGACAUAUAUAGACAGUGAGCUUGCUAACUGGCUUUCAGAAUGAAAGCAUCUAUUCAUGCUGUGAGGUAGAGGACAAAGAGACAUUAUUAAUAUUUAAGGAAUUCCUUUUAUUAUAAUUUCCAUAUUUCAAGUCAAAGUGCUGGAUUUUGAAUGAAAUAUUCAAUCUCAUAGAUUUUAAAGUUUGGUAUAGCACUUGGUGAUAAAAACAGU